GUGUACAAUUCACCAGGCGAAAGGUAGGGCAGUUGUAGCCUAGCGGUUGUAGCCUAGUGGUUAAGGUACUGGACUAGUAACCGAAAGGUUGCCGGUUCGGGCCCCACCACUGCCGGUUUGCCACUGUUGGGCCCUUGAGCAAGACCCUUAACCCUCAAUUGCUCAUACUGUAUACUGUCACAAUACUGUAAGUCGCUUUGGAUAAAAGCGUCUGCUAAAUGCAAGGAAACACCCUGGACAGGUCACCAUUCCAUUACAGGGCAAACACACACACAUUCACCCACACAGUCUUACCUAGGGCAAUUUGAGUAACUCCAGUUAACUUGACUGCAUGUCUUUAAACUGUGGGAGAAAAGGCAUACUCCACACUAAAAGGACCCAGACCACUCCAUCUGGGAAUCAAACCGAGGACCUUCAUGCUGUGAGGAAACGGUAGUUACUCAUUACACAAGACUCAUCACUUCUCAAGGUUAUACAGUGUAUCACAAAAUUCACCUCACUUGCACGUCUUUGGACUGUGGGAGGAAACCGGAGCACCAGGAGGAAACCCACACAGACACGGGGAGAACAUGCAAACUCCACACAGAAAAGACCCGGACCGCCCCGCCCGGGGAUCGAACCCAGAACCUUCUUGCUGUGAGGCGACAGUGCUACCCAAUUAGCCACCGUGCCGCCCUACAAACCUUUGAAUACAAUCAUGUCAUUCCUCUAAAUAGUGUUUGCAUUUAGUCUAAAUAUUUCAUAGUUUGUUUGUUUUACCUGACUAGCUAGCUAUUUAAUCAAACUAAACUAUCUGUGAGUUGCACUGUAGUAAGCUGUCCAAGAUACCAGUUCUUUCCUUAUCACCAAGUACAGCUGUGUCAGCGGGACAUGCCUGUUGAUUUAGGUGAACCACCUGCUACACUGCCCACGGUGGGCACCAACCUCACAGACCUGAGCCUGAGAAGGAACACAGUGACUGUGAGAGAGUUAGGAGGCUGCAUGGGUCCUAUCUGGCCCAGCUACUUUAAAGACUGCACCUCUGUUAUAUUCAUGGUGGACACUGCCAACAUCACUCAGAUUUCCUCAUCCUGUAUCCAGCUGCUCUCUGUUCUCUCUGCUGAGCCGCUCCAGAAUGCCUCAGUGCUUGUGCUGUUCAACAAGAGUGACCUUCCAUGCACUAUGUCACUUGGGGAAAUGAAGUCGCUGUUCAGGAUGGAUGACAUCAUUGCCUCUGCCCCUCAACCAGUCACAACUUUGGAGCUUAGUGCUAGCUCUGGCAAGGGCCUACAGGAAGUGCUUGACUGGCUGAACUCAACGCAACCUGACUGACCUGAACUUUAUAGAAGUCUAAGAGCAGAUCAGGGUAGAUACUGACACACAACACACUAGCACUUAGAUCCAUCAGGAAAAAAGUGAAAUGUGAGAUGGUGUACUCAUAUAAUCACAUUGCCUGAACAAGCUGAGCUGCAGAGGUUUUUUUUACAUUACCAUUAUGCAUAGAAAAUAUUAGAGUAACUUUGAUUCUAUGUUGUGCCCUGUGUUUGUGUGCAAAUGCAUGAGAAAGUUAAUACGUGUCAGUUUGGACAUGUGUGUCUGGCAUUGCAACUGGAAAAUUGCUUCCAAAUCAUGGUAUUUUUACAUGUAUUCUGACAAAUCCUGUGUUUACAUUGUGUGCACAUGAAAUAUUGUGCUUUUUAUGCUCAAGAUUACUGCACCACUGCUGGUUGUACGCAAAUUAGAAUUGUUGCAGUGGUACAGUGUUGAAGUUUGCAGCUUAUCUUUCUUAUUCUGUUGUGUAGCCAAUCCAAACUUUCUCAAUCCUAACUCUACCAAUGUUUGAACCAUAGACUGUGUCAUAGAUUAAAUAUGAACAUUUAAGGUGCAUUUUCAUUCCUUCUUUUAGUAUGCAACAGUCCUGCUUUUCUAUAUUUUGUUGGGUCGCUGCUUGUAUUUAGUUAAAAUUUCAAAGAUAAUGUAUUCAUUUUUAAACUUGUGAUUAUUUAGCCAAUUAAGAUGUGGCAAAUAUAAAAGUUGUGUUAUU